UGUUGGUUGGUUUGCUGCGUAUCAGUUCGUCUUGGACGACUACUCGACUAACUGUUCGACGGUUGUAUUGUUAUGUUUAAGUUUUCGCUCAUAUUCGGCUGAUAGUGUCUCCUCUAUCCACAAGCGCACGCGAAAAGUGGGUCAGUGUUCUUUUGUGGCGAUUUGUGAAGUUGGAUAUGCCUGCGGAUUCAGAUAAUACCUCCGCGUAACAUGAUUUCCGACUGUCUGGAUGAGAUGCGCAGCAAUAUUGGGCGGAUUAAUCAAGAUUCUCGCACAAUACGCAGGACGAGUCGAGCAAAAAUAGGAAAUCUGUUCGGAAAAGAAGUGCACAGGAAGUUUCUCAUAUGGAAGUAAUAGAUUUUCUAUAAUCGAGUAGUCAAGCUGGAAAGAUCACAUAUGAGAUAUCAGGCCGAUAUAAAACAUCAAUGGGGUUGAUACUAGGAAUAUCUUGGAUCACGUUCCUUGCGACGAGAUUACGUUAGCAUGCAAGAAAGGAAGAAGAGAGAGCAUUGAUACGUCUAGCGAGGCGAGACGAUGCGGUAGUGAACAGCUUCGCAGCGGCGAGUCCUUCUACAGGCAUUGAAGGUUGCAUCCGGAGGAGAAAUUUCGCGUAGGGGAAAAAAGAAUCUAAAUGCCAAGCACAGUCGGGACGGAGUAGGAAAGAAAAAACGAACAGAAGAGGGUUUUUUUUUCGGAAGAAAGAAUUGCGACGGACAGAACGAGGGAAGAGGGAUGGGCGCCGGGAUGGGUAGAAGCGGUGCGAGCGGCGGUCUGCUCGAGGCACUUCCCACGGGAACUCCGCUCCACGUGGCGAUGCUCGGUCUCGACAGCGCCGGGAAGACGACCGCCCUUUACAGACUCAAAUUCGACCAGUAUCUCAACACCGUGCCGACCAUCGGUUUCAACUGCGAGCGAAUUCGCGGCGGCAUCGGAAAAGCUAAAGGUGUUAAUUUCCUCGUGUGGGACGUCGGUGGGCAGGAAAAGUUACGGCCGCUGUGGAAAUCGUACACGAGAUGCACCGACGGUAUUAUUUUCGUCGUCGACUCCUGCGACACCGAGAGGCUCGAGGAGGCGAAGAUGGAGCUCACCAGGACAGCAAGAAGUCCGGACAAUGCGGGUGUGCCGAUCCUGAUUCUCGCCAACAAGCAGGAUUUGCCUGGUGCGAAGGAGGUCGGCGAACUGGAAAAGCACUUGGGCGUGUUAGAGCUAGCUGGCAUGCCGGGCAGCUCUUGCAUUCGCGUACAGCCGGCGUGCGCCAUUACGGGCGAGGGGCUGCACGAGGGAUUGGACACGUUGUACCAGUUGAUUUUGAAGCGGCGCAAGCUGGCGAAGCUGAAUCGGAAGCGGGCCAGGUAGGCCAGGGCCUCGGAAGACUGCACAUGCGUCUUCUGAUAUUGCCGAUCACGGACAGCCUCUCCACUGGCGACGCUUUCCACAACUUCCUUCUCGUACCCCCCCUCUUGACGGGGAAUUAGCGCAGAGGCUCGAAAAGGGCGAGCGACGAUCGCGGGGAUGCGAUCAAACCCUCCCUCGACACCCAUUGUCGACGGACGUAACGCUGUUGGAACGACUCGGAGCUUGCGUCGAUUUUUGCGCGCGUGCGUGUAUGCGUGUACAUAUUAAGCAUCUGUUGAAUGUAGAGGCCUGCAUGUGGAUGUGAGAAACAAUAGAAACGGUGAGUUUUUAUGAUUAAUUGUUCCUAUUAGAUUGUUGCAUACAAAGUAACGACUUUUUUAGAUGAGAUUACCAACGUUCAGGCGUAUAAAUAUGCAUUGUAUUCGUGUUAUUUAUUUUAUUUAUCGUUCAGACAAUGCAACGCAGAGAAAAUAUCAUUGGAGUGAUUUGAAAUAUCGACGAACAUCUUCGCUAAACUCGUAAAAAGGCACUAACUUAUCAUUGAAUGAGAUCGGCAUAAUAUGUGAGCAUAUAAAAGGAAAAUGUUUCCGGAGAAGAGAAUGCACGCAGCGCGGUUGAGUUUAGGCGCGAUUUAUUUUGUAUGCAACAAUGUAAUGAUUAUAAAUGAUGGUAAAUGUAAACAUGUAACGAUGCUAGUCGAUUAAGGAAAUUCUAUCGUUGCGGGGAAAAACGUUGGAUGUGAAAGUGGAUGGUGUAAAUGUAAGUAAAUAAUUGUAAAUACGGGAAAGCUGUAAUUUCACAAACUUUAAGAUGUUCAGGUGCAUUAAACACGAGCAACGAAGUCGGUCAACGUCGAAAAGUCUUCUUGGCAAUUAUCAUAAAUCAUCUAGCGAUAUUAGCGACCGCCGUUAUUAUUGCUGCAACGGUCAACCGCUGCCAUAUUUUUUUAAUACGAAGCGGCGACGCAUCCUAAUUACACGGGAGAGUAAUCGAUUGUUGAUUUUCUAACGAGUUUCACGUUUCUUUAGAAAUCAUUAUAUUUUUCGUUACGCGUGGAGGUGCGAAGGAAACGUUUAUUGUUAAGGAAGUGCAAUUAUUAUUGUAAGAUUCGGUGCGGUGUGCAAUUUUUUGGGUAAUUUAAUUUCGUUCCUUGUAGAAUUAAUCCAAAAGUGCCGGGGAUUUUUGUGCAUUUUGCGAUUACAGUUUUGCUCAUCGAAAAACGCUGCUACAUGUUUUCAAAGUUCCCGAGUUCCUAUCGUUUUUAUUAAUAGUUGUUUCACGCCGAUAAGUUACUCGUCACUGGCAGUGUUUUGUGAAAUAAUUGUCGAUUAAUCUCUAGCAGAAUAUUUUGUAAAGAAAAAAAAAAGUUGCUCGUGUAAAGAAAUAUUCGGAAAUGGAGCGUAUAUCGUGACCUUCCUGUAAGGGUUUGUAAUGAGAGAACGCGUGAACCGGCGCUUAAGUAGCCAAAAGAGAUCGCUGUCAAGCAUGGUUGUUGUUUUUUAUAUCGACUGUCGUUCCAAAUUCUAUUGUACACUAUAUUUGUCCCUUGUUGUGUUUUAUUAUCUUUUAAUAUUUUAUCUCGCGCUUCAAUCGAUCGUUAAAAUCGCCUAUUUAUGUAUACAUAUUAUUAAUAGUGCUAGCUAAGUAAUUGACGACGCGUUAGUGCGUUAGACUGAUACGAUCCUUUCGGAUAUAAACACACGGGGAAUUUUCAAAUAAAUCCGCUGAUUCCGUUACGUUUUCAA